AAAUGAGCAGAAUGCAAGCGCAGCAGAACGAGCAGGAGGCGAAUCAGCGACCGCAAAAUGUGGAGGAGGGGCAGCAGGGUGAGCAGAAUGAAGAGCAGCAGCAGCAGCAGCAGGAAGAGACGAAGGCUUGUCUUGUGUCUUCUGCCUCUUACCCUUCCCUUACUACUCCUGUUUUAUCCAUCAACUCUCCUCCUCCUCCCCCUCAUCUCCCUCCUGCUGCUUCCACACAGACUGCAGAAGCUGCUACAGAUGCCGCUACAGGUGUUGCUACAGAUGCUGCAAGCAGUGCUGCUACAAAUGCCGCUACUGACGGUGACGCCACGGCUGCUACAGAUGCUGCAGCAGCCCCGGUCACUGCCCCUCUAUGCACCAAUGCUGCAGUAGCGGCCCCUAGUCCUUCUGCUACAGCUGGUGGUGCCUUUGCCACGGCUGCUACUGUUGAUGGUGCGUCUGCUCCUGCUGCUACAGCUGGUGGUGCCUCGGCUGCUAAUGCCUUUGAUGCCUCUCCCCUUCUUCUGAAUGUCGCUGCUACUGCAUCCGAUUCGUUUGCUCCUCCUGCUGCUGCUCCUGCUCCUGCUCCUGCUCCUGCUCCUGCUCCUGCUCCUGCUUCCGUGCAACAUCCAACAAUAGCAGUGGCACUAGCAGUAGCAGCAGCACCAGAGAAUCAGGACUUACUGCCAUCAAUGGCUGUGCCAGCAGCAGCCAUAUUAGCAUCAGCAGUGCCAGCACCACCACUAUCAGCAGCAGCAGCAAAAGCAGCAGCAUCAGGAGCAGCAGCAGAAGCAGUACCUGCACCAGCGGUACGAACCGCUUUAACGCCACACCGCCCCAGCACCAGGCACAGUAGCAGCACCAGCAGCAACGGCACCAGCACCAGACACAGCAGCACCAGCAGCAACGGCGCCAGCACCACAAGCACAAGCACCACAAGCUCAAGCACCACACGCACAAGCACCACAAGCACCAGCACCACAAGCACCAGCACCACAAGCACCAGCACCACAACCAGCACCACAAGCACCAGCACCAGCACCAGAUGCAGCCCCAACGCCAGCAGCAGUAUUAUCAAUAGCACUGCAAACGACAACAGCAGAAGUAGCAGCAUCACCAGCAGCAACACCGCGAUCACAUGCAGCAAUACCGUUAGCAUCACCAGCAGCAGCAGUGGCAGCAGCGGCGGCAUCAGCAUCACCAGCAGCAGCAGCUGUGCCACCACCGCCAGCGCCAGCAGCAGUAUUGCCAUUAGCACCACACACACCAACAGCAGAAACAGCAGCAUCAUCACCAGUAGCAGCAGUGCCAGCAGCAGCAAUACCACCACCACGAGCAGGGCCGCAUCAUCACCAGCAGUAGCAGUGGCAUCAUCACCAGCAACAGCUGCGCAGUUAGCAGGAGUAGUACCGUCACCAGUCCCAGCGGCAGUACCGUCACUAGUACCAUCAGCAAGAGGAGGGAUAGAGGACAGAAAAGAAGCUGUGGGCAGAAAAGAAGCUGUUGACACAGCUCAAAAGAGGAAAGGCGAGGAGGACAGGGGGGAUGGUUAUGAGUCGACUCAAAUGGAAACUCAAAAGCGAAAGCGUGAAGAGGACAGGGGGGAUGGUUAUGAGGCACCUAAGAAGAGAAAAGGCAGGGAGAGUAGGGAAGCGGUGGAGGGGAGAUUGAGGGAGUGUGUGGGGGAGAGGCGGCUGUGGCAGCUGCUGGAAGACAGAAGCCCGUUGCUGGCGUCUCUAAAGGCGCACGUGAAGCUGCUGUGGAAAGCAGGGAUAGAGGCAGUGCAGCCGUUUCAAGACCUAUUGCUGGCACAUGAGAUAACUCUAGAGGACCUGAAAGGGGAGAAGAAGGGGGCUCUUCAGCUGUUCGCGUUGCUGCUGGGAGCACCGGAGGUAACAUCGUUACGAAAGGAUGAGUUGGCAGAAGUGAUUAUAAGGGCGGAUGCAUGGGAGAGAGUGAGGGGGGAAGUAGCUGGUGUGGAGAUGGGAAGCGAGAGAGGAGGAGAAAGAGGGGCUACUGCAAUGGCAGCAACAGGAUCAUCCGUGGGUGAAGCAGCCACAACCGCAGCAGCAGCAGCAGCAGCAGCAGCUGCAGCCAUAGCAGUAGCAGGAGAAUUACCACCACCACCAUUGCCACAACCAAUAGUAGCCGCUAACUCAGCAGUAGCUUCAACAGCAGCAGCAGCCACUAACUCAGCAGUAGCAGCAGCAUGCACAGAAACAGCAGGACCAGCUGUGCCCCUACCCACAGCACCUUCAGCAGCAGCUCUACCUGCAGAACCGUCCCCAGCAUCCCUCCCAACUGCACAGAACCGCACAGUAUCCCCGCAACCUCCCUCGCAGUUGCCAGGACUCCUUUUACCUCAGGAAAUUGGGCUGUCAGGUAUUGGGGAUGAGCGGAUUGCAAGGUUAAACCGGCCUGCAGAUGUGCUUCUAACGGAUUUCCUUGAAAGGAGGAUGCAAUGGGAGUACACGGAGGAGCGGGAGCUGCUGGCUGCCAAGCUGGAGGCAUACGUACGAUCGCUCAUCAGGACGAACCCAGGGGCGCUCAAGGUCUACCAGACGCUGUUCUUUGCACAGUGUGCAGCGGAGGAGGAUCUGCAGUUUGAGAAGCGGGACGUGUUGAGGGUGGUGGCGCUGCUGCUGGGGUGCGCCGUGACUGCCAAGGCGAAGAAGCUGGACCUGGUGAAGGCUAUCGGUGGCAGUCCGCUCUGGCAGGCACAUAAAAGGAGAGAGAGGGGAAGAGGGGCUUCAGAGAAAGGUGGAGGAGGGGUGGGAAGAGGAGGAAAAAAGGAGCACCAGCACCAGCACCAGCAGCAAUAUCACCACCAAUUACAGCAGCAGCGACAACUGCUGCAGCAGCAGCAGCAGCAACAGCAAUGGCAGCACCAGCAGCAACAACUACUGCAGCAACAGCAGAAACAUCAACAGCAACAGCAGGAGCAGCGGCAACAGGAGCACCACCACCUGCAGCAGCAGCACUUGGAGGAGGGGCAGAGCCGAAAGGGGAUCCAGACCUGUGGUAUGUACAAUGAGAGCUUGCUGCAGGCGUUGGCAGGGCAGAGUCCGGAAAGGGGAGAUGAGAGGGAGGAGAGAGGAGAGGAAGGCAUGAAUGGACGUGAGGUGGAGGGGGAAGCCCGACACGCCCAAGGAGGGUUGCGAGGUGAGGGAGAGCAGGCGGGAAUAGCGGGAGAAGAUAAGGAAGAGAAAGAAAUCCGGGAAGAGAGGGAAGAGAAAUAUAAGGACUUCGUAGAGAAAAAGGGAACCGUGGACUUUCCUGGGGGGGGAACGAGGGAGCUUGAGUCUCAGGCAAAGCGUCACCUGGAUAACUUCUUGGGACGCCGGCACCAUCUUGACGAGGUGAUGGGUGAGGUUUCGAGUACAGGUAGGGUGACGUUGCAGCAGUUGCAACGGCUGAAGAAUUUGCUUCGGGCAUAUGCUGCAUAUUGUGAAGCGCAGAACGUGUUAGAAGAGCAGUGUGUUGUAACACAAAGCGCGAUUUAUGAAUAGAAUUGUUUGAAUUGUAAAGAAACAUGCGUCUUCUUU